ACAUCUUCAAUAUUUUCGUUCGGGCGAUGCUCGUCGUGUACUGCGUAUAGAACUUUUAAUAUUUGCUUACUUCCGUAGGCUUAAUUUGGUGUCCAUUUAGUGCUUCAAACAGUUUCGAACUAAAGUUUACCUACUUUGAGUUGUGGGUAACAAAACAAGAUCAAAGAAAUCUGUUCACCUAUCAAUACCGCAAAGAUUGUUGUUUCUGCGUAUUUCCCUUUACCACCCAGUCUGGCAGUCGACAUCAGAGCAGCUUGUUGACAAACUUUGGCAGGGGCUUGUGUUUUGUACUAGGGAUAUCACUGUCUCUUUCAUCUGCAGCAGCUGUACACAACAAUCCAGUUCUCGCUACUUCGUUUGUGUGUGCGUGUUUACAAAAAGUAUUGAAUGACCUAAGAUUGUGAAGGGAGUAGAAAAUAGUGCACACUUUAAUUAUUGAAACAUCGAAAUUCCGUGUUUGAGGAUGCAACUGUGAAGUAGUUCGUAAUUUCAUUGUGAGUGAGAAAGUUCUGAGAGUUGAAGAAACUGUAGUCAGGUAAAUUCCGUCACUUGAGCUUGGGAGAGUGUUCAUUUGCAGUAACUUGCAAAAAGUGUGUCGAUAUGGCAGACAAAAGGUUAACGGAUGACAAAAGCCCAGAAAAUGAGGUCAGCAGUCCUACCGGAAGUACCUCCGGAUCGGGAAGCUGGUGGGGCUCCUGGCUGGAUACAGCCAAAUCCAAGUCAGCUACGGUAUUGGAAGCCGUCAAGAACGAUCUGACGGAACUAUCAACAGCAGUAAAAUCGGAAGCCACCAGUGCAACGGAGGCACUAGGCCGAACCCUCAGUCUUAACGAGCCCGAUUCCACGGUUGGUGCGAUGAAAAAGAGUUUCAGCUCAUUCCUGGGACAAGUAACCGAAGCGUUGGUGCCUUCGUUGGAGGAGGAGGAAGAGGCAGAGGAUGUUCUGAUCACGUACGAGGCAACCGAAACGAUGACCGGAUUCUACAAACAUUUGGCCGAUUUACAAUCGAUGGAGAACACUUACCUGGAGGAACCAUCGGACGAGCUGAGUGAGAAAUAUAAGCGCUGGAUGGAAGUAGUCGAACAGGAACAGUUUACGGAGCCGCUAUUAGCUCGACACUUGGACAGAAGCACUAUUUUGAACGAAAAAUAUGCUGCCUUCGUACCAAGUAAAGUGGCACACAUGGACUUCUGGAAGAGAUAUCUUUUCAAGAAAGCCUUGCUUGAAGACGCGAUGGCCAAUGCUGAACUUGCCGAACGGAAGGCCAAAGCAGCAAUUGCCUCAACCGAAACAGUUGCCCCACAAAAGGUCAUCGUGCAAACUGAUCAACCCAAGCGGACUAUCGAAGAAAAUAUCAUUCCGGAGGAAAUUGCCGCCUGGACGGAGGAGUUCGAUGCAUCCAACCUGGAACUAUCCGAGGAGGAACAAGCUCGCUUGCUGGAAGAAUACGAACAGGAAAUCAAGGAACGCGAGAAGUCCAUCGCCUACGGAAGGAUGGAACCGGUAGACGAAACUCUGCUCAUUCAAUCGGACAUUGAAAAGACUCCUGAAAAGAUGCCGCCAUCGUUCAAUACUUCAACUCAGCAGAAAAACGCAACGAAAAAAACUCAAUCGCAACCACGAAGUGCUGUUAGUAGAAAUAUCAUCCAACAAUCACAACCUGCAAAGGGUGGAAACCAGAAGACCGCAAACAGAACUGCAACCGCCGGCGGUAAGCAGAAGCCCUCCACCCCAGUGAAAGCGCAAAACGAGCUGACGAUUGAGAAGAAUCACUUCACGGGAGAUGAUGUUUCUUCCUCCAAUUCGGAUGAAAGCUGGGAGAAAGAGUUCGAUCUGGAAUGAGCGAGAUAACCAGUUUUCGGCAGCCGACUAAUUUAGCGUUUUUGAUGGACGGUGAGCAGUAGAGAUUUUCCUCCAUAUCCAUGGUUUUUAAGAUACUUGACGUUCUUUCAACUGUACAUUGAUGAACAAGAUUUUCGAAGUUCACUCUCAAACGAAUCAAGCUACUCCAUUGAAACGAAAAAAAAAGAUGUUUUGAUAACUUUGCACGGAUAGAGCUUAGCCAAUAGAUGAUGAGGCUGGAAUCCACAGAGAAGAGGGAGGAGAAAAAAACAUGCAUUUUUACAAAUCAGUUUUGUAAAUUUUAAAACCUUGAUAAACUUUCUUAAAUCAUCGUUAAACUGUUAAUUAAUGAUAGACAAUGUGUAAAAUCUGUGUUUAUUUUUUUAUCUCGUAUGAAUAAAAAUAUAUAUAUUUACUUUAAUCUUCAGGAAAUAGGAAAGCGUUCUAUACAUCCUACGCUAAAUCUUAGAAUUAUAUUUGAUUGAUGAAGAGAAGAAAAAAUUACAAACAUAGGUUACAUAACACGUGGGGGGAAAGAAACCCGUUGUAUUGUGUUUUUGUCUGAGAUAAUUAGUAGAAUGAUUUUAGUGUAAACUGUAUGAUAAUGCUACAGAUGAUAACCGAUAGAAAAAAGAACCGCAUGUGUGGUGAAAUUUGAUGAGGACGGUUCAACAUAUUUUCACUGUCAGAGUACAUGGUGAGCAAACAUAAACGACAUUGAAUAAUAUUUUACUACUAAUCAAA